UUAUACCGGCACCGUCGUGGUUUGAACCUGUGUCGUUCGUGUAUGUAAUACAAUAUUGUUGGUUCACGUUUCUUACGUCCGUCGAGCAGUAUGGAUCCGAUAGAUCUACCGUGAAACGCAUUCGGUUCGGGACUAUUAAUACCAAACUGCAACAGGGAUCGCCCUCAACGAUUUACCACCGCACACCUGUUUCGGGUGACCGCCGACGAGUUCUCUUCCACUAGAAAUUUCGAGGUUCAAAAACGCUCGUGGGAGAUGUUUGCGAGCCGGACGUGAUGGCUGAAAACAGCAACUACGCAGGCGGCAAAGGACAUUUCUGUCAGCUCAACAGCUUGUGGUCCGUGUGGUACGGUCUGCUCGCUACCGUGCUUAAUGUCUAUUCUGUUUUGCUAGCCACUCGGAGACUAUCGGAGUACUUAGAAGUAGUAUGGCCACCGAAGAGCGUACUCCCGCCCCGGUACGAAGUCCACUGCUUCGUAGCUACCAUCGGUAUGGCCGCCGUGCUAGUACCUUUGGUGGCUUUCACCUCCGCCUUUCGUACCGGAAACAUGGCCAACGACUCGGACAAGCUAGGAAACCUGUUGGACGUCCGCCGACGUCGCCUGUCGUCCUGCUGGACCCACGGGCCACCGUCUUCUUCCACGCUACACUCGUUCACGGCGCUCGCCCUGCUGGUGGUCAAACUCAUGAUCGAAGCCAGGCUCAUACAGGCCGGUCUCAUGUCCACAAAUAAUAUUUGGAAUACCGACUUGGACUUUCUGGUCCUCGGUGGACAUCAGUCCAGUCCGCCCAACAUCACGCUUAAAAAUAUGCACAUUGAACCCAAGACACAGUCAGUGCUCGUCCCACAGUCGCCGCCGCCAUCAACGAAUAGAUCAUACACUGCUGAUACUGAUGGGGUCAUGUCCGUUGAGUUUUUCAAUUACGCCAUGGCCUUGUUCAUAUAUUGCGGGCGGUAUGCGUCCGUUUUUUGGGAGACUAACAAAUGUUUCGCCACGUUAUUCUCCGUCCAGUUAUUUGCCAACGCUAUUCAGUGCCUGUCACUGUAUCUCUUCACCUGCAUCCUUUACAAGAUGCAAGUGUUGGGCGUCUGCAAAAUGGUGAAGGAACUGCCGGCCGGGCCCACCACGUACCACCUGGUCCUGGAUCACCUGGACACCGCGGUCCUGUUCACCGUCACCACCGUACUGAUAUUCGUGUCCAACUCGAUAGUGUACUACUACGGGUACACGCGGUUCACCGGGUUCGUGAAGCGGCAGACGGGCGGCCGGAAGACGGUGGCCGACGCCUACUCGAGCCUGAUGCCGUACUGCGCCAGCGUGCUGGCCCUGCUUGCCGUCGUCGCGUCCGAGAGCCCGCUGCUGUACAACGCCAUCGUCGUGUUCCGGUCGUCGCUCAACGGCGUGGUGUUGGCGUGCCUGCUCAACUCCACCGCGCACGUGUUCGUCUGGAUAGCCAUGUGGUCGGUGCUCACGCUCAAGCCCUGUUGGAUGUUCGACCUGCACCUGUACUUGGAGUACGACCCCAAGGGCGGCGGUAGCGGUGGUGGCAGCAGUGCGGGCGUCGGCGGCGGCGUUGAAGGCGACGACGGACAGCGCGUGCCAUUGCUGGUGGUGGCUCAGGGCGCCACGUACUCGCUGACCGAGAAGACGGCCAAGCGCAUCGUCACGUCUGUAGUGGAACGGGUGGUGGCCGACUACACGCGCGUCUCUGCCAAUUCGGAUAAACACAAGUAUAAAAGAACACCAAAGACAAUGAGCGAUGAACAAAUAUACUGGCCUAGACCAAAGUCGAGUUCAGGUCGUAGCUGUAUAAGUGAAAUGGAAGACUCGGACGAACAAUCAAGUUGUUUUGGUUGUAAACGGACAAAGAAAUCUACAAGAGGUAUACCAAUGGACAAAAUCGACCGAAGAGGAGUCAGUCCAGAAGACGACGGUGAUUAUGCGAAGCUCCGUGAAUUACCGAUGGUCGCUAGAGCCACAAACGAUCAUAGUGACGACAAUACAUCUGAGGACACGAAGCUUUUGGACACAGUCCGGGAAGGUGUAAUUACAUACGCGAGCGCCAACACAAGAGAGUUGUUCUACUCACCGGCCACACCACCACCACCUCCGCCACCCUUGCAAGAAGACAUAAGUUCAGCGGCGGAAUUCCACGCCAGCAAAACCCAAGUGUCCAAGCAACACCAACAGUUGCGCGACCACGGGUACCGCGGCGGCGUGUACAGCAAAACGACGGCGGCGGGCCAUCAGGGGCCGCAGCGCGCGACGGGUCCGGCGUCGGUGACGGCCGCCGACGAUUUCGAGGAGGAGGACACCGUCAAGUCGGAGUCGGAGGCGUCCGCGGCCGGCCACUCGCCGCAGGCCGCGUGCAGCGGCCACAGCGAAUCGUCGAGCGGCGUGCACUCCAACAGCAGCCACGACACGGCGGCCACGAUGCCGCUGCCGCCCCCGCCGCCGCCGCUUCAGCUGUCGCCGGCCGCGUCCACGGCCACGCUGUCGCCGACGGACGACGAACAGCGGCGCCGGGCCAGUUACGCGGACCUGCAGACCGUGGACACGGUGGUGAUCCGGCACAAGGGCGGCCCUGGGGCCAAGGCCCGGAUGCCGCCAGACCCGUGCACCAGGCCCACGAACGUGUCGCUCAGCUCGUUCACGGAACCGCGGGGCGCCCGGAACCGGCCCGGGUCGGUGCCCGGCUGGAGGACGAUGCCGCACAACGCGGCGCCGCCGGCCCCGCCCCAGACGACGGCCGGUCACCACGUCAAGGCGCCGUCGCACUAUCACCAGUACCAGCAGCAGAAGAACCAACAGCAGCAGAACCAGAUCAACUACCAGCAGCAUCAACGGCAGUGGUCGUCGUCGUACAACGGUGGCGUCGGCGGCGGCGCGGGCGUCGGCGGCGCCAAAGCGUCUGCCGUCCGGUCGCGGAACCACUCGACCAUACCCACGCACCACAACGGCGUCAGGCUGUUCCAGCAGCACCAGCAGCAGUCGUACGGCCAAUAGUGUCGGGCGAUCGUUCCUAUUCCGUACACUUCGCUAUAUGAGAAAAUUAUGAUCGCAGUAGGUACACGGGUGUAUUCUGUAGGCACUCAGAAGACGUCCCGUGGCAAUUAGGAGAGCCCUCUCGGCGGCGUACGGCUGGAGCUUUUUCGAGAAAAAAAAAAUCCAACAGAUGAAAUUUCGAAUUAUAUAUGCCUACCGUAGACCGCCGCGGUACGUUUACGCCACUACCGUGACAACCACUUAUGUUCUACCUCCGUGCGGAAUAGUCGGCCGACGACGACCGAUCCUCCCUCCGCCUACCAUUCCUGAAAAUAAUUAUAACGAUCUAGUCCCCUCGUCUGUCCCGUAAUCCACGUAUAAUCAUAUCGUCUAUCUCGUAGAUAUUGUGUUAAGCGGCUCUAGUUUCGGAAUUAUUACUAUUAUAUAUGAUAUUUAUCUAAGUAUAUAAAUUACGUAUCAUUAUUAUUAUCAUCAUUAUAAUAUUACUUAUCCAAUGUCACUAAUUGUACCGACAAUUAUUAUAUUAUAAUAUAUAUAUAUAUAUAUAUAUAUUACGCGAUGACAAACGACACAACAUAAGACGUAUGUAAGUAAUACGUACUGUGUAUAAGUAUAGUAUUAUAUUAUGUUUACCUCCAAACGACCCAAACGAAUUUGUCGUGUUGAGCUUACCGACUAUUAUAUUGUUUUUUUUUUUUUUGUUUUUUUUUUAUCACCCGAUAGACUGAACGACACUAACCAACACGUAGAUGUAGAGUAGAUUGAAAACAAGACUCCGUCCUUGCCACCAAAGGGAUUUUCAAGCGAGCGCGGGGAAACAAUUAUUUAUUUACAAUCUAGUUCAUAUAAAUUUACUUUGCAAUGAUGUAAUGAUAUCAUAUAUUAUAUUACCGUUGGUCGUACAUUAUUACGUUAUUUCGUACCCGACUUUAUUGUUUGAAAAUCAGAUUAUCAUGAUCGUUCACGCGUCGACUACGGAACGUCCGUUUACGAUUCGAGCGACAAUAAUAUUAUGGUAAUACAAUAUUGCGAGUUUAUAUAAUGAGAUGUAAACAAAAAAUACGCUUUCCGAGCACCGACUCUAUGUAAUCUCUUAAGGUUGGUGGUACUUACCGCGAUCCAAAGAUUCGCCGACGAUAAACAAUACCAGCCCAGACUCGAAUUUUUUCGGGAUUUGUCACAGGUAUAUCAUUCGAGCUUGGAAAGAGUCUCGCCCGUAAUAUGAUUAAUAUCUAUAUUUGUAUAUCGUUUUCUUUUUUUAUCUUACAAAUAUAACCCAGCCGACUCCGAUUAUGACUCGUUAUUUUUAUCGAUCCAUUUUGUUUUCACGAUUCCCUUCGACAGACUGUUGUUAUCCUUGGUGCUAUAUGAUACGUUUAUAAUUUUUUUUUAAAGUUUGAGCAUUUCUCCAUUAUUUUCAUACAACCUUUUGUACUAUAAUUUCUGUUUGUUCUAUUUUUAUUAUUAUUAUUUAUUUUUUUUAUAA